UUGAAGCAGCAUCCUGCCAAGUCGCAUCUAUAUGUUUCAGGGGAUUUAGCGAAAGCUUUUGGCCGCGUACCUUCCAUUCAUUCUCCCGAUACAUCAGCUUUAUAUGAAGGAAAACCUGCAGAGAGUGAGUACGUGGCUAGCACUGGCAAUGCUGUUCAACCGGAGGAAAUCAAAGCAGCUCAAAUUCCCGAGAAGCUAGAGCUGGAUGUCGAGCGAGAACCAUCUGAGCAUCACUACGCAAAGCCUAUGAUUGUCAAACCAAAUUUGCCUCCGCAAAGAAUGUCAGUGAUACAUCCGAACAAUGGUCAGCAUGGGUAUUACGUGCAGCAGCACAGGCGUAACUAUAGCGAGCAGCUCUAUCGUGGCAACGAUCAGGUUGAUGGUGAACCUAUAUACGCUCGGGUUCAACGCAUCAGUACUAAUCAGUACCAUUCACAAGCUCCUCAACAGGCUUAUCCGGUGCGCUCUGGAAAUGCAGCUUCUGCAGAUCGAGCAUUCAGUGAAGAGGAGAAAGUCAAUGGAGAGAUUGAUCGCAUGUUUGAUUUUGUGGAGCAAGAGCAAGAUGGGUUGAGCACAAUCGGGCAUAAAACAGUAUCGGAACGAACCUCAGCCAUCGUCAAGACUGAUGCAUAUGGGAAUGUACAGGGUGAAGGCCAUAACCAGCUUCCAGAACUACCUCCAUAUCCACCUCGACCAGCAGCACCUCUACAUUUAAUCGAUCCGGCUGCUUCACAGCACACUAACCAGCCGAUCAAGUAC